CUUCUCUCUCAAAUUAACGAUCCAAACACCAAAUACAUCCUGAGAACUGCAAACCGGCUUUAUGGGGAAAAGACGUUUGAGUUUCUCUCAUCAUUUAUAGAGUCGAGUCAGAAAUCCUACCAUGCUGGACUGGAACCGACUGACUUCAUACAUGCGUGGGAGGAUUCCAGAAAACAAAUAAAUGGCUGGGUAGAGGAAAGGACUGAAGGUAAAAUUCAGAACCUGUUGGCGGAGGGGAUUCUUGAUUCCCUGACCAGACUUGUGUUGGUGAAUGCCAUCUAUUUCAAAGGCAACUGGGAAAAGCAGUUCAACAAAGAGAGAACCACAGAAAUGCCAUUUCAGAUCAACAAGCUGGAAAGAGAACUUACAUAUGAGAAGCUGAAAGCUUGGAUCAGUCCUGCAGUGAUGAACUCAAUGGAGGUGAGGGUGUCUUUACCCAGAUUUAAGCUGGAAGAAGAUUAUGAUCUGAAACCCAUUCUGAGCAGCAUGGGAAUGCCUGAUGCAUUUGACUUGGGGAAAGCAGACUUCUCGGGAAUCUCAUCUGGCAAUGAGCUGGUGCUCUCUGAAGUGGUUCACAAGUCCUUUGUGGAAGUCAACGAAGAAGGCACUGAAGCAGCUGCUGCCACAGCAGGACUUGUCUCAAAUUACUUCAGAAAGAUUCCGGAUUUCACUGCUGAUCAUCCCUUCCUCUUCUUCAUCCGGCACAACAAAUCUUCCAGCAUUUUGUUCUGUGGCAGGUUUUGCUCUCCUGAGAAGGCUGGAGCACAUUUUUAGCUACACUCCCCUUUC